CUCCUCGAGCCCAUUCCCUUCUCCCCUCUCCCCCGCCUCCUUCCAUUGGAUCGAAAACAAAAUCGUCGCCCCCCCAAAAAUCCAAUCCCCAAUCCCGCCUACCCAAUCCGCCGAAACCCUAGCGGCGAGGGACGGGAGGCCGUAGCCGGGGGAUUCCAGCGCUCGGGCGUGAUGGAUUUGGAUCUGUGGAUCGUCAAGGUCAAGGAGGGGCAGCACCUCGCCGAGCACGAGCUCCAGUCCCUCUGCGAAUACGUGAAGGAGAUCCUCAUCGAGGAGUCGAACGUGCAGCCGGUCAACAGCCCCGUGACGGUGUGCGGCGACAUCCACGGCCAGUUCCACGACCUCAUGAAGCUCUUCGCCACCGGCGGCCAUGUCCCCGACACCAACUACAUAUUCAUGGGCGACUUUGUCGACCGCGGGUUCAACAGCCUCGAGGUCUUCACCAUUCUUCUGCUUCUGAAAGCUAGGUAUCCUGGCCACAUAACCCUUCUGCGUGGAAACCAUGAAAGCAGACAGUUGACGCAGGUUUAUGGUUUUUAUGACGAGUGUCAGAGGAAGUAUGGGAAUGCAAAUGCAUGGCGGUAUUGCACUGAUGUUUUUGAUUACCUUACUCUUUCAGCAAUCAUUAAUGGCACAGUCCUCUGUGUUCAUGGUGGCCUUUCACCUGAUGUACGCACAGUUGAUCAGAUGCGUACAAUUGAUCGCAACUGUGAAAUUCCUCAUGAAGGACCUUUUUGUGAUCUGAUGUGGAGUGACCCAGAAGAGAUUGAGACAUGGGGUGUUAGUCCCCGUGGAGCAGGUUGGCUUUUUGGAUCACGGGUGACAACCGAGUUCAACCAUGUUAACAAUCUUGAGUUAGUUUGCCGGGCUCACCAACUAGUCCAGGAAGGCCUAAAGUACAUGUUCCAAGACAAGGGUCUUGUAACUGUGUGGUCUGCACCUAAUUAUUGUUACAGAUGUGGGAAUGUUGCUUCUAUACUAAGCUUCAGCGAAACUAUGGAAAGAGACGUCAAAAUCUUCACAGAGACGGACGAGAAUAACCAAAUGCGAGGGCCUAGAAGUUCUGUCCCGUACUUCCUUUGACCUCCUUUGUACAUUUUUGUUGUUGUGAUUUUUUACUUACAGGGGGUCGAGAUGAUCAUAUUCAUAUAGGUGUUCAUUGUUGUAGCUUGAUCUCACAGUGCAGUCUGAUCAUCUGAUGCAUUUGAUCUCACCAUUUGUCUUAACCUGCUAUACAAUAGAUUACCGGGAGCAUAGCUGCCAAUGCCUCAUGUUUUUGCCCUUCA